GAUAUUUUGGGGUGGUGCCUCAGAUCGUGGCGGUGGCGACGGGCCGCUGCGCCCGCGGCACGCGUCGAUGAUUACGCCACCGGCCACCGGCCGCCGGUGCCGUAUCGUGAAGCCUGCCUUCGCUCUCAGCGGCCGCUGGUGCCGUAUCGUGAUGCCUGCCUUCGCUCUCACCCUCCUGGUCGUCGGUCUCAUGCUUGGUGCUGAGCGCCGCAGCAACGUGAAAAGCCGAAUCCACGUGCGGCCGCCUCUCCUCAACGAAUCGAUGCAGGAGUUCCUCGUGCGGCGUGGCUACCCCUUCGAAGACCACGAGGUAUUGACGCCCGACGGAUACAUCCUCUCGCUGCAGCGCAUCCCCAACCCGGGGGCCAUGCCGGUCCUCCUCGUCCACGGCAACUUUUUCGACGCGUGGGCGUGGAUCAGUGGCCCAAACGAGCGGUCCCCGGGCCAGCAGCUGUACGAGGCCGGGUUUGAUGUGUGGCUCGCCAACAACCGAGGCACGCCCUACGGCCGCCGCCACGUCACGCUGGGCGAAGGGAGGGAGGUGGAUCAGAACGCGAAAUUUUGGAAUUGGACGUACUCGACCCUCGCGCGCAACGACUGCCCCGCCAUCGUCGCAAAGGUGCUUCACGAGACCGGCGCCGAGCGCAUCAACUAUGUCGGCUGGUCACGCGGCACGAACCAGGCCUUCAUAGCGAUGCAGGACCCGGCGCUCAAGGCCUACUUCGAGCGGCACAUCAACAUAGCCACGAUGAUCGCACCCGUCACGUACAGCAAACACACGUCUUCGCUGAGCCUGCAGUCGCUCGCUGCCGCCCGCGCCUUUGACUUGCUGCACCGCGUCUGGCCCUACGGCUUCCUCUCCACCGACGCGGACUACAAGCCGCUCAACUGGCUGGUGCAGACUGUAUGCCUCGCCACCGGGGGCGCCGUGUGCGAGCUCGUCAAGGAGCAGAUGUUCGGGCCCAGCCCGUACGACGACAUGGAGGUCAUCUCGAUGGGGUUCUUCUCAAACUUCCCCGCCGGCACGGCGGUCAAGGACGUGCAGCACUUCAUGCAGGGCGUCGGGAGUGGCGAGGCGCGCUUCCAGGACUUCGACUACGGCAGCCGCGACAACCUGGCUGAGUAUGGGACGGCCGCGCCCCCGCGCUUUAACCUGACCGCCAUCCAAACGCCGCUCGCCUUCUUUCGAGGCGGGAGCACGCACACGCUUGGCACGCACGUGCGCGAGAACGACGUGUACACCGAGAUCCGCGACCACACGAAGAUGGUGCAGGAGCUGGCGCCUGGCGUGCUCAAGUACGACAAGACCUUUCGCGGCUUCUCCCAUUGCACGUGGGCGGGCGGUAAUGCCGCGUCGUGGCAGAUGUGGUGGCCAGACUUCCUCCGAGUCCUAAAGAGGGACUGGAGGGCGUCGUGAAGGGCGACACAGCGGCGCAACCGUGGGAACUAGGAUACGCGCCGUGCGCGCUGUGUGUGCUGUGUGUGCUGUGUGUGCAAGGGCGGCCGGGGGGGGGGGGUUGAGAGUGCUUUGUGCUACCGUAUGUGCAGUGUUUGCGUGUGUGCUGUGUGUAUGGUUGCGUUGCCGUUGUUUGGGCCGCCACCCGUUGGUUGAGUGCGACGUGUUGCUGUGCGUAUGUGUGCGACCGCGCAGCCCGCAGCGCGCAGGCGCACAGCCUGGUAAAGUGUCAUUGAGUUACGUUGCGUAUUAAAUGCGUCUCAUC